AUGGAAUCCCUACUUCCUCUGCGUCAGCCUCCUUUAGAGGAGUCCUCUCAGUGUCACCAGAAGGAGCAAGGCUUCCAUCUUCUCCAAGCAGUUCUAGGUGCGACUGUGAUCCCAUCAUGCAUCCCGGGGGAACCAGAUGAUAACUGCACAGCUUUGGUUCAGACAGAAGACAAUCCACGGGUCGCUCAAGUGUCAAUAACAAAGUGUAGUCCUGACAUGUAUGGCUACUGUUUGCAUGGACAAUGCAUUUACUUGGUGGACAUGAGUGAACAUUACUGCAGAUGUGAUGUGGGAUACACUGGUGUCCGAUGUGAACAUUUCUUUUUAACUGUCCACCAACCAUUAAGCACAGAAUAUGUGGCUUUGACCGUGAUUCUUACUCUCUUUUUUCUCAUCAUAUUCACUGGCUCCAUGUACUACUUCUGCAGAUGGUACAGAAACCAUAAAAGUAAAGAAUCAAAAAAAGAAUAUGAAAGAGUAACCUCGGGGGAUCCAACAUCGCAGCAAGUCUGA